UAAGAUAAUUAUAUUGCCAUAUUCAAACCAAAAUACUUUUGAUCUUGGCCAACAAGGCAAAGUUUUCAAAAUAAUUCAACAUGAGUCUUGGGUUUAAACAGCACUCCUUCACAAGCCCACCUCCAAAAUUUUCCGCUAAACAAUGCCCAUUUCUCGCUUUCUUUUCUUUUCCCCCAAACACCGCUUCAGACAGCCUCUGAAUCUCCUUCAAAAGUUUGAUCCAUCGAAGAGAGUUCAAUCUUGUGGCUACACGAAAUCAUCAAGACAUAAUCAUGGACUAGAUGGUAAUCGUGUAAUGCCUGUGGAAGCAAAAGCUUCUCAUUCAUGGAGUACUUAUGUCAUUCCUGGUGCUCUUUUGGGAUUUGCUGGACUAGCAACUAUUGUUCAUUACAAUGACGAGAGGAGAGCUAUUCCAAAAGGGCAGGGGAAGAGCCAUGGUUCUGAUGCUGUCAAGGGCCCAAUUAUAGGUGGCCCAUUCACUCUUAUUGAUAUGGAAAAUCGGACUAUUACUGAAAAGAAUUUUCUGGGUAAUUGGGUGCUCCUAUACUUUGGCUAUACAUCAUCUCCUGAUGUUGGACCUGAGCAAGUCCAGACAAUGGCCAAGGCUGUAGAUAUCUUAGAGUCAAAGAAGAAUCUUAAGGUUUUACCAGUCUUUGUCACAAUCGAUCCUCAGCGUGAUACACCUGCACAACUCCGUGCUUACCUUAAAGAGUUUGAUUCAAGAAUAUUGGGAUUAACUGGACCAGUUGGAGCUGUUAGGCAGAUGGCACAGGAAUACCGCAUAUAUUUCAAGAAGGUCGAAGAGGAAGGGGGUGACUAUCUUGUUGAGUCUUCCCACAACAUGUAUUUGAUGAGCCCAAACAUGGAGGUUGUAAGAUGUUUCGGGGUGGAGUAUACCGCAGAAGAGCUAGCAGAAGAUUUACAAAAGCAACUGAAGAGAACUCCAACAACUUAAUAAUUAGAAUCUGACGUUCAAAUCCCCUUUCAAGCCUCCUACUGUGUGCUUAUCAAAGGAUUUCCAGUUAUCGGAGAAGAAAACAUUCCGUGUAUCAUUUACAUGGGUGAUUGAUCAAUAUUCUGCAAGAUACCAUCCAACAAAUCCUUAACAAAAUUUUCAGGUUCAAAUCACUUGACUUAAGUUUUAAGCCAAUUUCGUAUCAAAUUAACAUUUUUUUCUUGUCAUUGACUCAAGUAGUUCACAAUGAAAUUGAAAUUGUUUAUUUGAAAAGGUGAUCUUGUUAUUGUGAUUACUACAGGUUUAUCGAAAUUGUUUAUUUGAUGAGCCCAACUUGAGCAUCUUACAAAUAAGCAUGAGCUCCACAUUGUAAUAAGUUAUAAUUUUUUGUGUAUUAACCUUGGGUGGCAUGGUGAUCUCUUAAGAUAUCACUUGAAUUAGUUGAGUUAUAUACUAUGUAUUUAUAUGAUUUAUAUUGGAUAAAUAAUAUUAAAAAGAAUACAAAAUUUUAGACUUUUAUGAUAA